CUCCGCCCACGAGCCCCGCCCCUCCGCGGUCCCGCCCUCAGGUUCCAGUAAAGCCCCUGUGGUCCCGCCGCCUUGCGUUACUCCUUGCUGGCUUUCCACCUUCCUCGGACUUCCUCGGCGACUUAGCAGGAAAGGGGAGGUCUCCCCCCAUGAAUAUCAGGCAGCCUUGGAAGACCAAGUUGCAGUAAGACUAGCUCAAGACAUGGCUGCUCAGUGUGUCACGAAGGUAGAACUAAAUGUUUCCUGUAACAACCUUUUGGAUGCAGAUGUGACAUCGAAGUCGGACCCUUUAUGUGUAUUGUUUUUGAGCACGAGUGGUCAACAGUGGUAUGAGGUUGAACGGACAGAAAGGAUUAAGAACUCUUUGAAUCCCAAGUUUUCUAAGACAUUCGUUAUUGAUUACUACUUUGAAGUGGUUCAGAAGUUGAAGUUUGGAAUCUAUGACAUCGACAACAAAACUAUCGAGUUGAGUGAUGAUGACUUCUUGGGAGAAUGUGAAGUCACUCUUGGUCAAAUCGUUUCCAGUAAGAAGCUAACUCGACCACUGGUGCUCAAAAAUGGCAAACCUGCAGGGAAAGGGAGUAUUACGAUUUCAGCAGAAGAAAUCAAGGAUAACAGAGUAGUAUUGUUUGAAAUGGAAGCCAGAAAACUUGAUAAUAAGGAUCUGUUUGGGAAGUCAGACCCAUACUUGGAGUUUCACAAGCAGACGUCAGAUGGCCACUGGCUGAUGGUUCACCGCACAGAGGUUAUAAAAAACAACCUGAAUCCCGUGUGGAAGCCUUUUAAAAUCUCUCUUAACUCUCUGUGUUAUGGAGAUAUGGACAAAACCAUUAAGGUAGAGUGUUAUGAUUAUGACAAUGAUGGAUCACAUGAUCUCAUUGGAACAUUUCAAACCACCAUGACAAAACUCAAAGAAGCCUCCAGAAACUCACCUGUUGAAUAUGAAUGCAUAAAUGAAAAAAAGAGACAGAAGAAAAAAAGCUACAAGAAUUCAGGUGUUAUCAGUGUGAAGCAUUGUGAGAUUACUGUAGAGUGCACAUUUCUUGACUACAUCAUGGGAGGGUGCCAGCUGAAUUUUACGGUGGGAGUGGACUUCACUGGCUCCAAUGGUGACCCCAGUUCUCCAGACUCUCUGCAUUACAUCAGCCCUAAUGGUGUUAAUGAGUAUCUGACUGCCAUCUGGUCUGUGGGAUUGGUAAUUCAAGAUUAUGAUGCUGAUAAAAUGUUUCCAGCUUUUGGCUUUGGAGCUCAGGUGCCCCCUCAGUGGCAGGUGUCUCAUGAAUUUCCAAUGAACUUUAACCCCUCGAACCCCUAUUGCAAUGGAAUCCAGGGCAUUAUAGAGGCAUAUCGGACCUGUCUUCCUCAGAUAAGACUCUAUGGACCAACUAAUUUUUCUCCAAUUAUAAAUCACGUGGCCAGGUUUGCAGCUGCAGCCACACAGCAGCGGACAGCCUCUCAAUACUUUGUGCUCUUAAUCAUCACUGAUGGCGUGAUCACAGACCUUGAUGAAACCAGACAGGCAAUCGUCAAUGCGGCCAAGCUGCCCAUGUCUAUCAUCAUUGUGGGAGUUGGGGGAGCUGACUUCAGUGCCAUGGAGUUUCUAGAUGGUGAUGGUGGAAGUCUCCGUGCCCCAUCAGGCGAGGUGGCCGUAAGAGAUAUUGUUCAGUUUGUGCCUUUCAGACAGUUCCAGAAUGCUCCAAAGGAAGCACUUGCUCAGUGUGUCUUGGCAGAGAUUCCCCAGCAGGUGGUGGGCUACUUCAACACAUACAAACUCCUCCCUCCCAAAAAUCCAGCUGGGAAGUAGAAGGAGCCAGGACAGCUAGAGGAUUUCAAAAACUAUGUGGAACAAUGCCCUCUCUCACACAGAAUGAUGUAUCUGCUGUCUGCGCUUUUUACCCCCAGGGUAUCUGAUGUAAACCCAGCUUUUUGUGUAUAUUCUCUCUGUGAAAAGCAUACAUUUAUACUUUUUGAAGAGGACAGUCGCAAGUCCAUUUCUGCUCAAUGAACUCAGUGAUUGUUAGUGAUUUAUAGAAAUUACAAGAGUGCUGUUUGGAAUUGAAUUUAAUGUGGGAAAAGUGAGGUUUGUUCGUUCGUUAUCUACUUUCUAUAAUGAAAUGCCAUUUUUAAGUGUGGCCAGUGGCGUGAAUGAGGAAUUAAUUACAGGAUGAAGUGGUAUACAAGUUGCUAAACGGUUUAUAGUAAAUAUUUUGCAAGUCCAUAGCACGACUGAAAUUGCUCCUUAAGUCAGGUACUGCGUUUGUACCUGUGACUCUAUUCUGUCCCUUUCUAUGCUGCAGUGUUUUUCAGUAUACAAACUGUGUUUUCACAUGGUUGCUUAUGUGAAAACCAAUGUGCUUACUCCUUUUUGAAAAUGUACAAUCGACCAGUGGAGAGCUCAUUGUAGACAAGACAUUUUUAUUUGCCUUUUGAAAUCUUUUCACUAUGAACUCUAGCACAUGUAUGGCCUCUGCUUUAUGAGUAAACAAGACACUCAGACUUCUGUAGGCAUCAAAUGAUAGGUCAUCCGAGAGGCUGCAUGACUAGAUCAGCAUACGUUGACUGAGUGAGUAGGAUUGCUUCACCCACUAAAGCUUUGAGGACCAAACAUUUAAGAUAAAAAUUCAAAAUUAGUUGUAGGCCAGGCAUGGUGGCACAUCAUCCGAACACUCGGGAGGCAGAGGCAGGAGGGCCAGUACAAGCCAACCCACCUACAGAGUUAAUUCCAGGACAGCCUGCUACUCAAUGAGAAUGUGUUUCAGAAUAACAAAGAAAAAUAAGUAAUUGAGAAAUACAUUUCUUCUAACUAAUGGCAUAAUUGCAAAAGGUAGUUUGUAUUUUUUUUUCUUGCUAAAGUCCUGUGUAUUGAUUUGUAUAGAUUUAUUUAGAUAUUUUUGCCUUUGAAAAAUAGUAUUGUUUUCUUUAAACUUAUAAUUCUAGUUAUUUAUUAAUCAAAAUUCCAUUUUUCAUUUCAAUAAUGUGCUAUUUCCUAAGUCCAGGAUUCUGUUAAGCAUAAAACCUGUAAGAUUAAAAAAAAAGAAAAGAAAAAGCAACAUAUACAAACUCUGUUCUAGCUGCUACAUUUACAUAGAGGGGACUUAGUAUUCUUUUUCUGAAGAAUUGAAUUAUUUUAACUUUACCCUGAAAAACAUGCUGUUUAGUGAACAUACAUUUUUGGAAUAGAUCUGUAACAUUUGUCUGAAGAUCUAGAUGCCAAAUACUUGGCCUAUCUAUGCAGUGGCCAAUUAUCACUAACAAUUUAACAGAAUUAUGUAUUCAUCAUAUAUCCUUAAGUGGAUGUCCACAGCCCCAGUCAGCAUUCCUGUCAGUGUUCCUGAGUCCUGCCACCACUGCCUGUGUCUUUGUUUUCUACAGGCUUCUCAGAAACUGCUUACUGCUGAGGGCUAGCUCAGAGAAGAUCCACCUGUGUGGUUUGCCUAGCCCAGUGAGCAGUUGCCUCCUUCCUACAUAGUAACCGGCAUCUGGAUGUGUGCUGUUAACCUGAAACAGUGUACCUCUAUAGAGCAGCCUUCUUAAAAUUUAUUUUCAUUUUGAGUUCUUUCACCCAAGAAAUUUUUAUGUAACCCCAGUUUUAUAAGUAUAGAAUUGUAUAUUAUAUUUAAGAUAGGUAUACAAAUCAAACAUUGCAAGGAAACCAAAAGAAAUUUAUUUUAGAUUCCUGGAGAUAUGGCUCCAGGUUAGUAGUCCAUAUUGCUCUUGCAGAGAACCUGUUGGUUUCCAGCACAUACAUCAUUCAGCUGUACUUGGCUGUAACUCCAGCGUUAGGGGAUCUGAUGGUCUCUUCUGCCCUCCGCAAGAACCUGCUUGUGUGCGCGCUCUCUGACUAUUAGGUAUUGCAGUACAUAGAACAUCUUUAAUGUACUUCAGAGUUGGUUGAUAUUUGAUUUAUGAUUGCCAAUACUUAGAAACCUUUUUCACAUAAAUACAUAGUACAACAUGCCAUCAGUGUUUAGAAGUGUUUCAGAAGUUGGAAAUUCUAUCCUCAUCCUAAGCCAAAACAAAUUUAAAGGGUUUUUUUUUUGUAUGAAGCUUAAGUUGACAGUUUUUAAAAAUCAAACUUUCUAGCGUAAUACAAUCUAGAGAUAUAUUGAUUUGAUAUUGACUUGAUUCAGAAUGACAGGAAAAUAUUGAAGUCUUUGUUUUCUGUAACUAAGCAUUUAUGAUAAAGUUGAGUGUAUACAGUAAAAUCACUUUAAAUCACAAUGUAUAAAGUAACCUUGAGUCUGAGCUGAGCUAUUGAGGUGUGUUCAUUGUUGUUGCCUGACAUGGCAGCUAUGUAGUGCAAAAUGCCCCUUCUGUCUCUUGACAGCCAAAGCUGCCGUGAAGUUGAGCAAUACAACAUGGGCAAGUCCUGCCAGAAACAUCUCAGAUUCUUUACACAUUUAGUUUUGAAUUCAUUUUUGGCCAUUGUUCUUUAGAAAGCUUUACUGUUGUUUUUUUUUUGUUUUUUUUUUUCUAGUUAGUUACAUGACUGCCUAUGGGACUGUGGCCCACAGUUCAAGAACAUAGGCUCUAUAGCAUUUGAAACCAUUAUUUAGUCCAGGGCCUCAGUCUCAGUUCUCUGUGCUUGGGAAGAUGUCACGGUGCUUUCAGGACUUUCUUUUGCACAUGGAGGGAGCCAGCACAGAAGUGCCUUAUAGAUUCUCUGUAUGCUAAGUGGUAGGAGAGGAGCUUUUUGACUCUGCAGCAAGGCUCACUAGGCUUACUCAGCCCCAAAGGGUACUCAGAACUGCAGGCCCUUCUUCAUCUGGUAGCCAUCUUGUUUCUGCUGUUUGGACUUUAACAGUUUUAUAUUCUGGUUUACCAGCAUUUUUUUCUUUUUAAAAUAGUUUUUAUUUAAAUGACUCAUCUUGAUCAGGUUUUAUAGAUUUGUUAUUCAUAGGAGCUAUGAUUCUGUCAAAUUAAGGUAACCCAUAUCUUUCUGCAGUUUGAAAUAAAAGCAUUUCCAACUUCUAGAUGAUCAUUUUAUAAAAUUCUUAGUUUUACCACUCACUUUCAUUCCAUACUGUUUUGUAGUGGUUUGUACUCAAACCACUUUCUCAUACUUAUUUUUCCUUUUGUGCCACUAUUUGAACAAAUGCCAUUCAUUCUUAAAGAACAUCUAAAAUAAAAAUCAGCUAACUGACCUUUAUUUCUUUAUAACUACAUAUGUACAUGGAUGUCCUGUGCAUAGACACACAUAGUUUCUCACAUGUAUAUAUUCAGAAGUAGUAUUCCUACUGGCCUCGUUAUCUCCUUUUCUGUUUAAGAUUGAUUUGUUUAAGAUCAUUGAAUCUUAAAUCAUCUGAGGAAUUUACAGUUAUUCACUUUAGACAGUGCUCUGUCAGCUUUCCCAGAGUAGAACCAGGGCCUCACUGAUCGUGUGCUGCUGCGCGUUACAUGCCUCGCCCUUUUCCUCUCAUAUUAGAGAGCCAUCACCCAGAAUGCUCUCUAGGCUAUUUUUCAUGAAGGUGAUGUAAGUUAGCAGCUGGGUAGAAAUUAUGAGCAGUUGUCUUGUGGCAGGCAGCACAAUAUGUGCAUAACUAAGUAUGUAAGUUUAUAUUAAAUACAUUUUCCAUGUGAAUUCCCUUUAAAUAAAGUUACUCUUGAUGUAA